AAGGCUUUGUGCAUGCUAGGAAUUAAAUGACCUGGCAAGGGACCCUCCAGCACAGUGUUCUGCAGGUCCUGUUGGAGAUGAUAUGUUCCAUUGGCAAGCUACAAUAAUGGGGCCAAAUGACAGUCCCUAUCAGGGUGGAGUAUUUUUCUUGACAAUUCAUUUCCCAACAGAUUAUCCCUUCAAACCACCUAAGGUUGCAUUUACAACAAGAAUUUAUCAUCCAAAUAUUAACAGUAAUGGCAGCAUUUGUCUCGAUAUUCUACGGUCACAGUGGUCUCCAGCACUAACUAUUUCAAAAGUACUCUUGUCCAUCUGUUCUCUGUUGUGUGAUCCCAAUCCAGAUGAUCCUUUAGUGCCUGAGAUUGCUCGGAUCUACAAAACAGAUAGAGAAAAGUACAACAGAAUAGCUCGGGAAUGGACUCAGAAGUAUGCGAUGUAAUUAAAGAAAUUAUUGGAUAACCUCUACAAAUAAAGAUAGGGGAACUCUGAAAGAGAAAGUCCUUUUGAUUUCCAUUUGACUGCUUUCUAUGAGCCCACGCCUCAUCUUCCCCUGUGCACAUGUUUACCUGAUACAGCAGUGCUGCGUGUUGUACAUACUUGGAACAACAAACUAGAAAUACUGUACUUCUGUACCAACAUUGCCUCCUAGCAGAGAAGUGUGUGUGUGACAAGCCAAUUCUCCAGGCGUAACCUAGGUGUGAGACUAAAAAAUUCUCCUUAUUGACUUAAAUUUGGAUAACGACAAGGUGUGAGGAAUGGUGGGUGGUACACGGUGUAUGCUUGGAUGGGGUAAAGCUCCACUGACCUGUAGGAGAUUGUUUUUAAGUGGAAUCCAUUUAAACUCAAAACAGUUAUGAAAUGAAGAACAUGAAGCUGUUUCUGUAUUAAUUUUAUUCCGAAGGACCUACAACUUAGGUGAGAAGGUUAUGACCAACCAGAUUAAACUCUAUCCACAUCCUAUAUAUUUUAAGGUCUAAGUUUAACUGGUCAGCAUUUAAAUGGAUUGGAGCUAUUAGUAUAUAAAGUGUGAUGGGCUUUGUUCCCAACUUCUUUUACAUCUCCUUGCCCCUUCAACCUUCGUCCUUUCAGCCCCUUUCUCCAUAUUCUUUGGUUUGUAUGUGGUUUCUCAGUUAAUACAUAGCUAAUAGCUCUUAUUUUUCUUAUGUUUUUAACUGCUUAGGUCUAUUUGGAUGUAAGGGUGAAAAUUCAUUUGAUGGAAAUACUUGUGUAUAUUUAAAGACCCAAUUGCUCCUCUGGAGCUUGUACGUUCAAGAAUGAUUAAUCUGUGUAAUAAACUGAUUACUACAGUCAUUACAUAUAAUUUUGUGUGAAUAGGCUUUUUGAUUUUAAGAACUUUGUCUAGCUGAGAUUAGUGGUGGAUUUUCCUUCUCUCCUGAAAUGUUUUCAUUGAUAAUGGUUGCAUUUCAAAAUCAUGAAACAAUUUCAGUUUACCUAGAAAAAAGGACAUCUUGAGCAGUUUUAUUGAACAAAGAGAAGCAUAAGCUUAAAAGUGUUUUCAUGAAAUGUAUGUGCAGCAUUCCAGGAACAUGACUGUUAAACUAAAUAAGAAAUUUUCUUUAUUAAUGAAACUAAGCUGCAUCACCAAAACCUUGUGACAUUCCCUUGGUACAUAGGCCAUAAAACAUGAAGGCGAUGCUAUUUGGUAAGUUAAUCCUCUGUGAUUGUAAUUUUAGAAGAGCAACUUUGACCAAACCUGAGCACAAUCUUGUAUUGGAGAGUCUACAUAAUUACUUUGCACUAACAUUUGUAGGAUGUUCAUCCAGUUUUAAAUUGUACUAUAUGUGGCUUUUUGAAGUCUUCCCUUGACUCUGGUAAAAUGUAGUUUGAAACUUGUAAAAAACUGUAUUUGCCAGAAACAUCAUGUGUGUGAACUAGGCAAAUUACCAUUCCCCCCCCCCUUCUUUUCCUAAUUUAAAUGUAAACCAGGCCAGCCUGAAGGCCUUGAAUGAUGCUCUCUAGCCAUCAGGUUCUUUAAAUGCAUCUUUACACUCUUGCACAAAAAUUGAGGAAUAAAUGUCCACUGCUUUUGGUUUUAAA